AUGGGAUCUUUGCUUCCUGCUGCAGGCCAGAGACCUAAAUAUUCUCAGCUAUACGUCUUUGACCCGCAGACCGAACUAGCAGAUCGACUCUCCAAUUUCUCUUCUGCUGAAAGGUCCCUGCGUCCUGAUAUUGUUUCUGGUUUAAUGAAGCUGUUUGACGUGACAAAUGAAUUAGUUAAGUCUUUUAGACGCAUUCAAUCUGAAUUGAAUGAUCCAGCAUCAAUCAAUUUAAGACUGCGUAUUGUUGGUGCACGGGACACAACAUCUCGACAAUAUGAACUUCCAACUGGUUCAGAAUUGGCUGGACUCAUUCCUGGUGAUUUCUUGCCUGAUAAGGAAGAACGAGACAUCAUUAUUGAUCAUCGGUCAGAGGGCCUGAAGAGGAUCACAAGUGUACACCCGAAAUUUGAUGCUUUGCAUUUUCCAGUCCUUUUCCCAUACGGAGAAGAUGGAUUCCAUGGGAAUGUGCCAGGAAAAUCAUUUCCUUCUAACCAAUCUACUGAUUGGAUAGAGAUUCCGGAAUCAUUACUGCUUCCUUCUUCAGGAAAUCCCAUCCAUACGAUUACGUCUACAGUCUAUCCUGACUUUGCUCAACGGUUCCAUAAUGUAUCGUACCUCACUGAAAGAUCCAUUAUCACACCGACCAAUGCAAAUGUCACAGAGAUCAAUUCUCAUAUGUUAGCUCUGAUUCCGGGAAUGCCACGCACAUAUUUUAGUGGUGACAGUCUUCAUACAGAUGCAAGCGAUCCAGACCGACUCGAAGCUGAAUAUCCCACUGAAUUCCUUAAUUCCUUGUCCUUCAAUGGCUGCCCUGAACAUCAGAUUGAUCUCAAGGUAUUUGCUCCAAUUAUGCUGUUGAGGAAUCUAAACCCAUCCAUUGGUCUUUGUAAUGGUACACGCUUAAUGGUGCUCUAUUUGGGCCAUUAUGUGAUAAAAGGAAUGAUAAUGGGGGGUACAUUCAAUGGUAAGACUGUGGCAAUUCCAAGAAUUGUCCUUAGUGUCAAUGAUUAUCGUUGGCCAUUUGUUCUUAAGCGCCGGCAGUUUCCAGUACGAUUGUGCUACGCCAUGACAAUCAACAAAAGCCAGGGCCAGACAUUGCAAAAUGUUGGUGUGUAUCUGCCGAAGCCAGUGUUCAGCCAUGGCCAACUUUAUGUCGCUGUUUCUAGAGUUAGAACACCAGAUGGACUUAGGUUCCUUAUUAUGAAUGAAGAUGGCGUGCCUUCCAACUGUACCCGAAAUAUUGUUUACCAGGAAGCAUUCGUUGACCUUCAGACCCCAUCUUCCUAA